AUGAGCAUGACAUGGCACCACAUAAGGUGAAAAUACCUCUGGGUUAUCAGGUUGAACUGUAUUCGUCCUAGUUAGCGGAUGACUCAUCACAUAGCCAACUCAGCCCUUUUUCUUCUUCUUUAAUAUUGGGAUUAUUUUUGUGGGGGCUAAGUUAACGAAGGAGAUGAGCAGAAGAAACUUAUUAUAGAUGCUAGUCUCAAACCCACCUUAAAACUUAAAACUUAAAACAACAAUACUAACCUAUGCACUUAACUGGAAUAUAUAAAUUGAUAAAUAUGGUUUUCUGUCAGGGUUCAUAUAACUCAACUGGCUGGCACCUCCAAAUGAGACAUCCAAGAUUCAAAUUAACCCGCCCCAAACAUCAAAUUAAAAAAAUAAUAAUAAUAAAAACAAACAAACUCAACUGUGUAAGACUUUGUUGGGCCUUGGCCCGUCUUCUAUUAUUGGGCCAUGGCCCAUGAUCAGUCGGGUCUGUAACGAUAUAAUAAGGAGGCCGUACAUUUGGGUGGUUACUGAGAAACCACGAGACCAAGGUAGGUAACACCUAUGCUAAGCUAAGCUUCUCUCUUUGUUUUUUAGUUUGUUCUUCAAACGUUGGAACUGUUUCUGUCUGUGGAUUGUGUAAAGCUAAGCAGUAACAGAAAAUCAAAAACCUCUAAAAACUCACUUAAGCUCAAAUCAAACUCUAACAAUGUCUUGCACUCUGCGACUCUCGUUUCCAACGCUUGCUUUUGAAUCUUCUAGAAAGACUAGGAGUAAUGGGAGAGCAACACCAACACAAACUCCUCGCCAUUUUCAUAUUCUGUGCUUAGCUUCGCAACCCAAACUUGAAGAAGGAGAAGACGCUGACCAUGUCAGGGGUCAAGGCCAGCCGCAGGUGAUAUUGGUGGAGAGAUAUGGCAAUGGGACCACUAAGAGGUACUUUUUAGAUGAAGAGUCACAAUUACAGACUUUCCUUGAGGAGGAUAGUUUGGUAACUAAUGGGUUCCAGGACUUGCAUGCCUCUGACACUGGAUUAUUGUGGCUUCCAGACACUGUUAAAGAUUUUAUCUUACCUGCAGGAUUCCCAGGAUCUGUGUCAGAUGAUUACUUUCAGUACAUGUUGUUACAGUUCCCUACCAAUGUUACAGCCUGGAUCUGCCACGCAUUAGUCACGUCAAGUCUUCUUAAGGCUGUUGGUGUUGGCUCUUUCUCAGGAACUACUGCUGCUGCUUCUGCUGCUGCCAUCAGAUGGGUGUCAAAGGAUGGCCUUGGAGCUGUGGGACGCUUAUUGAUUGGUGGGUGGUUUGGAAAUCUUUUUGAUGAUGAUCCAAAGCAAUGGCGCAUGUAUGCAGACUUCAUUGGCAGUGCAGGAAGCAUCUUCGAUCUAAGUACCGCACUGUAUCCUGCCUAUUUUUUACCAUUGGCAUCUCUUGGAAAUCUUGCAAAGGCUGUAGCAAGAGGACUAAAAGAUCCUUCAAACCGUGUGAUUCAAAACCAUUUUGCAAUCUCAGGAAAUCUGGGAGAGGUUUCAGCCAAGGAGGAAGUUUGGGAAGUAGCAGCUCAGCUUCUUGGCCUUGCUCUGGGAAUACUGAUCCUGGAGACACCUGGCCUUGUCAAAGCAUAUCCAGUGUUGGUAUUGACAUGGAUGAGCAUGCGGCUUCUGCACCUUUGGUUACGUUAUCAAUCACUUUCAGUUCUACAAUUUGACACAAUAAAUCUCAAGCGUGCUCGUAUGCUGGUAAAAUCACAUGUUUUACAUGCUACUGUUCCAGGAUGUGUUGCAUGCAACAGGGAAGAAAAAAUUUUAUCAUGGCAAAGAUUCAUGAAGCCACAGAUUACAUUCGGUGUAUCCUUGGAGGAGAUGGUUGUUGGAAUGAAAUCUAUUUCCACGGUGAAGGCCCUCUUAAAACUAUAUGCAAAUGAACAAUAUAUUCUUUUCGUAAACCAACAGCAUGGAGACUUGGAGGUCUUUGUCUCAUUCAAGGUUGGAGCUACAAGCAUGUCUGUCUUGCGUAGUGUCUGGCAGACUUAUUGGCUACAUGAGAACUGGGACAAUUCCAAUAAUGUCUUCCAUCAGCUUGCACAAAGCAUAUUGCAGAUGGAAGAUAGAUUUGAGGAUUUCAUCGAACAGCUAAAUAGAGCUGGAUGGGAUAUGCAUCAAAUAAAUUUGAGGGUCCCCAAGGACAUCACCAUUGAUGAUUCAGGUCCUGUUUGAUUGUUCAGGUAUCAGUGAUCUGUCUUCCUUGUUGGGGGUGGGUGAUCCUGAGCUUCUUUAUGCUCUCAUAAUGUGGGUUAUCACUCUCUUAGCCAAAACAGACAUGCCGAUGCCAUGCAUCACACUACCUUAUCUAGUUCCUUGCACCCAUUCUAUCCAAAAAUAAAUGGGAUGGCUUUGGGAGCCAUUAGGCUAGAAAGACACUUUGACUUGAAUGACUGGCUGCCAUGCUUUGCGGUUCUGUCCUAGGAGGGGUAAUUCAGAUGGACUCGAGGUUUUGUUAAUGUAAACGAAUAUUUUUCGGCUUGUUCAAAGUUUUGAAGAGAUCUAUGGACCACAAUUUUGGAUCCUUUUUAUUUAUUUCUUCUUUUGAUUUUAUUGUACUUCAACUUAAUUGCUAUCAAAUAUUAUAUGCAUUGUCUUUCUCAUA